CGGAUUCGUCUGGCUGAGUAUUUCUCGCAAUUUCAUCACCGAAACCUCUACAUACCGUUCUGCCGCCAUCAUGCUCCGGCAAAUCCAACCGCGCAAUGCGCGCUCCAAGCGUGCGCUCGAAAAGAAGGCGCCCCAGGUGCAUGAAAAUCCGAAGAAAUGUCUCUUUCUCCGUGGAACUUCUUGCAGCGAAAUUGUGCAGCUGGCUAUGACCGACCUCUACUCGCUCAAGCGCACUCUGUCCGUUCGCUUUACCAAGAAGAACGCCAUCCACCCUUUUGAGGAUGUCUCGUCUCUCGAGUUCUUCAGCGAGAAGAACGACUGCAGUUUGAUGGUCUUUGGUGCUCACUCGAAGAAGCGAGCGCACUGCAUGACCCUCGUUCGGUUAUUCAACUAUAAGGUCCUUGACAUGCUGGAGUUGUAUCUGGAGCCCGACUCCUUCCGCACCUUGGCUCAAUUCAAGAACAAGAAGUGCGCUGUCGGCCUCAAGCCUCUGAUGGUCUUCUCGGGCACGCCUUUCGACUCGCCAACGCCCAACGCUUAUACACUUGCGAAGAGUGUUUUCACUGAUUUCUUCCGCGGCGAAGAGACCCAGACCGUUGAUGUCGAGGGAUUGCAGUAUAUGGUAUCCAUUUCGGCCGGAGAAGAGGUCGAUGGACAGCCCCCACCAAAGAUCCACUUGCGCGUGUAUCUGAUCCGGACGAAGAGAAGCGGACAGAAGUUGCCGCGUGUUGAGAUUGAGGAGAUGGGUCCCCGAAUGGACUUCAGGGUGGGCCGUGUCAAGGAGGCCGAUGAGUCGAUGAUGAAGGAUGCUCUUAGGAAACCCAAGGGUCUUGAGCCGAAGUCAAAGAAGAAUGUCGAGACGGACAUUGUUGGCGACAAGGUCGGCAGAAUCCACCUUGGCAAGCAGGAUCUCGGCGAGCUGCAGACGAGAAAGAUGAAGGGCCUCAAGAGAAGCAGAGCUGCGGAGGCCGAAUCCGACGAUGAUGAUGAUGAUGAUGAGGAGGACUUGGUGUCAGACGAUGACACUACGUCGAAGCGGACGAAGCACUGAAGCAUAACUCUUUCAUCUCCUGUAUCUGACGUGACAUUUGGGCAAGGCGUUGGGGUAAAGGGAAAAGAAGAUUGUACGGCAUUAGCCACCGUU